GAAUCGUCCAAAACAGAGUGAUUCGCCCAUAUCAAUGCUAGUCAGAACGUGCCCAUUAGUUCGGAGUAUUGUUACCUACAAAAAACUCAAAAAUGAUCCCCAUAAAGGCCGCUCUCAUCGACCUGAGUGGAACGCUUCACGUCGAAGAUCAACCUACCGAUGGUGCUGUAGAAGCUCUUAAAAGACUGCGACAACUGGGAGUUUCGGUGAAAUUCGUAACGAACACAACGAAGGAAAGCGUUUCAUCUCUAUACGCUCGGCUGGUCAAGAUUGGAUUCCAGCUGGAACAAACCGAGAUCUACAGUUCGCUGACGGCCGCCUCUCGCUUUGUGCAAAGUAACAACCUCAAUCCGUAUUACAUCCUAACAGACGACGCGAGGAAAGAUUUCCCUGCAAACGACUCCGCCAAUGAAUACGACUCGGUUGUGGUCGGAUUGGCCCCUGAACGAUUCUCGUACGAGUACCUUAAUGAGGCCUUCAGGAUUUUGCACAACAGCAAGGGGACAGCUCGGCUGGUGGCCAUUCACGAAGGAAAGUUUUACAAAACGAAGGACGGGAUUAGCCUAGGUCCUGGAUGUUUCGUGAAGGGCUUGGAAUACAGCACCGGGUUGAAAAGUGAGUGCAUUGGAAAGCCGAAUGCUUACUUCUUUCGUUCAGCUAUGCCGGAUGGGUUGAAACCAGAGGAGUGUGUAAUGAUCGGCGAUGACCCGAACGAUGACUGCCUAGGAGCCAUGGCAAUAGGAAUGAGAGGAUUCCUAGUGGAAACGGGGAAAUUUCAACACGAGUUGUACGAUAAGGAUGCUCUUCCGAAAGUUAGUGGAAUCUUCAAAAACUUUAGUGCCGUUGUAGAAUGUAUAAGUAAAACGUUAAAUUAAUAAAGGGUCGCCCUAAGUAGAAGACGUA